UUUUAAAUAUUUUUUUUUCAGAUUGAAGAUGAAGGCAAUCAUGGAAAUGAUGAAACCCGUCUUUUUAUACUGUCAUCAUUAGCUCAAUCGCAAAUGAGUAGAGUUUCCUGUAUACUAUGUGAAGAACCAAUGUUAGUUUUCGAUCGGUACCCAUUAAUCGAUGGUUCUUUUUUUUUGAGUCCCAAGCAACAUUCCUCUAGCUGUAUUGAAGUUAAAUACGAAGGCCGUUCACUUUAUUUGACAUGUGUUUGCAUGACUUGUUUAGAUGGUACUUCCAUGAAUCGUGUUAUUACUUGCAGGUUUUGUAACGAAAUUUGGAAUGGAUCGAAUUUAGUAUUAGGAACCAUGUAUGCUUAUGAUAUUUUUGCUGCUAUGCCGUGUUGUGCUGAACGUCUUAAGUGCAAUAAUUGCUUCAAAUUAUUACUGCAUCCGCAACAACGACUUAAUUUUUACAGUGAUUACUCGCAUAGUGUGACUUGUCCAUAUUGCACUACUCAGGAUACACACUUUGUGAAACCUUUAGGUUUCUGUUUUGCUAAGCAUAACAUUGGUCGACAACAACAACUCGCAUAACAUGAGGA